AUGAAGCCCCAAGGUGAAGGAGGGGAGGAGCCUCAGCGCACCGACGCUUCGCCCCACCAGACAGCUACAGAAGCACAUGAAGAGGCCUUCGAUGAGCCUGACGACGAACUGGAGGAAUUCGACGAGAUAGGAUGGGACGACGAAGACGCAGAUGAUGAGUUUUUAGAGCGCUUGCAGCGGGAGCUGGAGGCCUUCAAAACUAAUUACGCCAGCAAGACUUCCCAAGUGCGAAAGGCAGCUUGA